GUGAGCCAAUCUCUGCUAGUUAUUUGCAUUGUCGCGUUGCUAAUCAGUGUGAAAGCGUGUCGUGGCGGCGACUACUCCAAGCUAUGUGCCGGCUUGUUGCAAGCGACAUGCUACGGGAUUCCGGGCCUAAUCGUCCCCUACCCAGCUACGAGUAUGUGCCACUUGAUGCUCGUACGAGGACAAUGCUGA